AGUUUCAGGUACAUUAAAGCUGACCGAUUACUCUCUGCAAAAUAAGCUAACAAUUCUAAGAUAUUAGCCCCAAAACUAAAUACACACCUUGAAGGCAAUAGGAAUCUUCUUCAAAUAGAGUGACAGAAAAGAAGCAUGUUGUCUUCCUCUUUCAUUUGGUACACAAUCAUAGUAGUUGCAGUGCUUUCUUUCCUUCAUGGAUCAACAAAGAAGAAGAAAUUACCCCCAGGUCCAAGAGGUGUCCCUAUUUUAGGACACCUUCACAUGAUAGGCAAAAAUCCCCACCAAGAUUUACAUAGGAUAGCCCAAAAACAUGGUCCGAUUAUGUACGUGCAAUUUGGGUUUGUCCCACACAUCAUAGUGUCCUCCCCUCAAGCAGCUGAGCAGUUUCUUAAGACAUAUGACCUUGUUUUUGCAGGAAGACCACCCCAUCAGGCUUCUAAGUAUCUGUCAUGGGAUCAAAGAAACAUCGUGUUUGGGACGUAUGGCCCUUAUUGGCGCAAUAUGCGAAAAUUGUGUACCUUAGAGUUGCUUAGCAGCAUUAAAAUCAGUUCUUUCCAACCAAUGAGAAGGGAGGAGCUUGGCCUCUUGGUUGAAUGGCUCAAGCACGCAGCACUUGAAUGCGUUUCGGUUGAUCUUAGCGCAAAGGUUUCAUUUCUAACCGCAGAAAUGAGUUGUAGGAUGGUGUUUGGUAAGAAGUACGAGGAUAAGGACAUUGAUGAAAGAGGGUUCAAAGUUGUGAUUCAGGAGGCAAUAAAAUUGUCAGCCAUGCCUAAUCUUGGAGAUUAUUUUCCUUUUCUUGGAGUUCUUGAUCUUCAAGGAUUGACAAAGAGAAUGAAGGCGCUUAGCAAAGUUUUCGAUAAUUUCUUUGAGAAGGUUAUUGACGAUCAUGUGCGAGAUGGGGACCAAGGCAGAACCAAAGAUAUUGUUGAUACCAUGAUGUCCAUUAUGCAAUCCAGAGAUACUGAGUUCCAAUUUGAUCGUCGUCAUGUCAAAGCCAUUAUGCUGGAUAUGCUUGCGGCUUCAAUGGACACUGCAGCAUCAACCGUCGAGUGGAUACUUUCCGAACUCCUAAAGAAUCCACAAGUAAUGAAAAAAGUCCAGAAAGAGUUGGAAGAAGUAGUCAGCUUGGACAGGAUGGUGGAGGAGUCGGAUUUGGAGAGUCUAGAAUAUCUAGACAUGGUCGUGAAGGAAACUUUUAGGCUCCAUCCCGUGGCACCAUUACUAAUUCCUCAUUAUUCGCUGGAAGAUUGCACUGUUGAUGGCUACCAUAUACCAAAAGAUGCUCGAAUAAUUGUUAAUACGUUUGCACUUGGACGCGAUCCAAAUGCAUGGACUGAUCCUGAGAAGUUCAAUCCGGAGAGGUUUGUUGGGAGUAGUAUAGACCUCAGGGGACAACAUUUCCAGCUUCUGCCGUUCGGCUCUGGAAGGAGAGGGUGCCCGGGAAUGCAACUGGGGCUCAUCAUGGUUCGAUUUAUCGUGGCGCAACUGGUGCAUUGCUUUGAUUGGAAGCUGCCAAAUAACAUGUUACCUUCUGAGUUGGACAUGACUGAGGAAUUCGGCGUCGUAGUCGCCAGGGCAGAGCAUUUGAUGGCUGUUUCCACUUAUCGUUUGCAAAAAUAUUCAACCUGAAAAGAAUUCCGGGAAUUUAAUCGUUAUUUUACGAAUCUUCGUUUUCAGAACCUUUUUUUAAUUCAGUAAAACUGGUAGACAUGCAGCCUAAAGAUUACAUUAUUCAUCUGAUACCAAUAAAAUCUGCCUUAAACUAUGACCAGUAUGUGCAAUUUCUUUGUGUAUUUGAACAAGAAGAUGGGAGUCAUCUUCGCUGCAAAUCCCUGUAAGCCUUCAUUAUAAGUCUGAUAAAUUUGUGAACCGGUCUUCAAUUGA